CAACACUCCAGCAGCCCUCCAUCGUUAAGGCACGAGCGUUAGGUCAACAGUGGAACCGAGAAAGCAGCAACUCUUAUAAUAACCGCAUCGCCUGCAGAUAAAGCUAACCAACUGAAAAGCAGGCUCAAGGCUACAGAACACCUCGCACUGUCCUCAACUAGGGGGAGACAAUCGACAUGUACAGAACAGAACUACUUCUGCUGGUGUCGGCUUUUAUAUCACACUCUUAUGCCAGUCCAUUCUCAGAAGACUUCGGCACGGACCGAGCACUCUGUAGCUACUUCGGGUGUACACCAGAUGCGGAGAGCACACCCAUACCACCCCCAAAUCCUUUAUUAAAGCGUCCGUUCUGUAACGGUUUUCGUGGUUGUGCCAAUGGGAAACGAGCUGUAGUGGUGAAAACUAAAACAACAGCGGAAAGUGGCCGACAAGAUGCGAUCCGGAAUGAGAAGCGACCGUUUUGUAACGGUUUCCGAGGAUGCGCCAACGGCAAACGCUCCAAUGUUCUGGAUAGGGAUCAACUCUGGUUUCUUCAAAGACUGUUGGAAAAUAUUUCUCGGCGAGAACGGAGGCAAGCUAGCCUAUUUGAUUCCAUUGAAGAAGUUCGACGAAGGAAGAGAUCCUCAGAGCUACCGGCAGAGGAAAUUCAAAGUUAAAAACAGUCCACGCCUAGAGGCCAAAUUACCGCGCCUUGCUCCAGUUGGCGAACACUGUUCUCCUGUAAAGAUUCAUGAAGAUUUCUGUUAUGCUCCAACCUGUACAAGUCAUUUUCCCCUGGCGAUCUGUAGAAAAUGAGUCACUCUCCGUUCUAGAGAUUCAUUUUGAGGGAAACUGUGAUGAGCCUACAUUUAACGACAUGCCUUAAUUAUUAUCGACUUUCUUUGUGACGGCUCAAUUUAAGUCGAGUGCCAGACUGCCAGACAGACAGACAACCAUUUGUUUAAGUAACACAACGAGAUGCCAUUUCAAGACUCUUUCUACAUUGUGCGUACGUUAUCACAGCUGAAGAAAGAUCUGUUUCCAAUUACUCGUACGCAUAAAUAUUACCUUCUAGAACCACCCGUGGAAUGUCUCGGCGAAAUAUACUAACAGACUGUUUCCAGAUGCCUCCGCUGUUCUGUGUUUUCCUCUUUGAAUCCCGCUUGUAUUUUAUGGUACAGUAUGAUGGAAUUUCAAAGCAAAGUAUGAAAUAACACCUAACACUUAAAUUAUAUUGUUUACGAAUGUUUUCAUUUGAACCAAAUGUCUUUAGUAAACAUCAAAAUGUACUGCAAUUUGAUUACGAAAGAUGUUUGAUUGAGUGUGAAACCUGUUAUAGUUGAUUUACGUUUACCUGUCAGCGCCAAAAAGUGGAAAUAUAUUUUAAAAAUUGCUGGGAAGUGUUAAGAAAGAGCCAUUUCAUAUGUUAAAGCACGGAAGUUUCAUGUUAUAAAAAAUGCAUGCCCAGAAUUGAAAUUAUACCGCCCAAAAAUGCAAGAUGCAAAAUUUUAAUUCUGAUGACGCAUCCCUUCAGCUAUAAAAAUAAAGGGAUCAGAGCCAAAAUCUGUUUCACACUAAAGCCCUACAUUUAUGUGCUCUACUCAUAACUAUCCGGAUUUGGGAAAUGACAUUUGUGAAACCCAAAUAUGUGUAUUUCAGGGGCAUAAACAGUUAUGGCGUUAACACAUUUGGAAUCAUUUACUCAGUGGUGUUGAUUGACUUGCACUGCAGUGGUUAACAUUGUAAGCAAAUAAUUUCAUAUCUCUCUUAAGACUAUAUCAGGUUUCAUAAUUUGUUUAAUUUAUUUUUUUUUCAAUCUAGAAAUAAAAUCACCUCUUUAAUUCGAAAGUGCUAGCAAUGGCUACAAUUUGUUUGUUUUAGUAUAGAUUUCCGAUUUCCUCUGGUUGUAGAUCAGUAGAUCAGAAGUAGCUUAACGUAUCAAUGAAUCAUUUUACAAUGGAACAGUAGGUGUUCGGAAUCUCAGACACGUGGCAUUUAAGAUAACCAUACAAGCGCCUUUGGCGCUUAUCGUCAGCUUUUUUCACGAGAUCUCGACAAGCAUUCUUUUUUAAAGUAUGAAAAUGCCAGACGCUUGAACUAAAGUUCUCUAUCCGAAAGAUUUUAAAAAGAUAGAAGAAUGCCAGCACCGUAUUUACCUUCCAAACUGGG